UAAGCACCUUGAAUUCAAUAGUGUCGGAGUAAGGGGACAUGCACGCACGGCUCGUCAAUGUCCUUUGGACGAAUUUCCUGCGUGCGCAUUACUUUCAUGUCCUGCGACCCUCGGCCGAAAUCGCUCGCUCUGUCUCGCCCAACAGGACUACUCUUGUUGAUUCGUUGAGGCAUAGAGGAGCGACGUUAUAAUACACCCAUCCUUUUCUGCGGUCGGAUGUCAUCGGCCGUUUAUAUCGUAGCUGUAGGAGUUACUCAUACCGCGUCUGUAGCCUGGGCGGGUCGGUUGUCGCCACUCGUCUCCUCGCGUGUGUUGUGUUUCAAGUGUUGUGGGUGCUGCGCUGAGCCGCCACUCGGUCUUCUCAGAUUCGGGCGGAGCCCAGCCGCAUAGCGGCACAACGAUCUUUUUAGUUUUUUUUUAAACAGUGGAAUUUUAAUUCUAAGUUGUGUAAAAAAACCAAAGUGAUCUGUGCAGUGUCGAAGUGCGAUAAAAUGUCGUUUAUUGGAUUAGCUGCCCUCGUGGCACUGGCCACUAUAGGGUCAGUGCUAUGCGAGGACGAGACCAUAGGACCCAUAUUCAUGAAGGAACCUUCAAACCGAGUGGACUUUAGCAACACGACCGGAGCGACUGUCGAAUGUGCGGCCCGAGGAUCCCCGACUCCCGACAUCAUCUGGGUGCGAUCUGAUGGAACUGCUGUUGGUGAUGUCCCUGGACUGCGACAGGUUCAAGCGAACGGAAAUCUGUUGUUCCCGCCUUUCCGUGCCGAGGAUUACCGGCAAGAGGUUCACGCUCAAGUUUACGCUUGUCUCGCUCGCAACUCUGUUGGCACCAUUCAUUCCCGUGACGUUAACGUACGAGCCGUUGUAUCCCAGGCGUACACGGUGAAUUUAAUGGAGGAAAAUGUCCUUCGUGGAAAUUCAGCGAUUGUUAAGUGUCACAUACCAAGUUUUGUAACAGAAUACGUUACAGUAUCGUCUUGGAUUAUAUCCGAAGGAGAAGUUGAUGAAUUAGAAAUCCAGCUAGAUCAGUCAUUCAACUUAGAGGGAAAAUACUUAGUGCUUCCAUCUGGAGAAUUACAUAUUAGAGAUGUUGGACCAGAAGACGGAUACAAAUCCUAUCAAUGUAGAACAAAGCACAGGCUAACUGGUGAAACUCGACUCUCUGCGACUAAGGGACGACUCGUCAUUACCGAACCAACCAAUAAAAUUGCGCCUCGAAAGGAUUCCACUAAACACUUUGAGGGGUGGGAAGUGUUCACCGUGGCUCAAAUGGAUGUGGCAUACUUAACGUGUCAAGUCGCUGCUUACCCGGUUCCUGUGUUUAGAUGGUACAAAUUCGUUGAAGGAACGACCAGAAAACAGCCAGUUACCCUUGAUGAUAGAGUGAAACAAGUAUCAGGAACUUUGAUAAUAAAGGAGGCUAAAGUUGAAGACUCUGGAAAAUACCUAUGCGUUGUGAACAAUUCCGUUGGUGGUGAAUCUGUGGAAACUGUUUUGACUGUCACGGCUCCUCUCAAAGCCACAGUCGAACCCGCUACUCAAACGGUAGACUUUGGAAGACCCGCUGUUUUUACCUGCAGAUACGAAGGUAACCCUGUUAAAACUAUCACAUGGCUUAAAGAUGGAAAGGACAUGAAACAUCACGACGCUACUCUGAGGAUUGAGUCGGUUAAGAAGGAAGAUAAAGGAAUGUACCAGUGCUUCAUUAGGAACGACCAAGAAAGUGCAGGCGCCAGUGCAGAACUGAAACUCGGAGGACGAUUCGAACCACCACUGAUCCGCCACAGCUUCGGCGAACAGACCUUCCGCUCCGGCCCAUCUCUCCGUCUCAAAUGCGUAGCUUCUGGCAACCCGACUCCCGACAUCGCGUGGCUCUUGGACGGCGACAAACUGACUAGCGGCGACCGGCUACAAAUCGGACAGUUUGUGACUGCUGAUGGCAACGUUGAAUCUCACUUGAACAUCUCUUCUGUGCAUACCAACGAUGGUGGAUUGUAUACUUGCAUUGCGUCAAGCAAGGUUGGCAGCGCAUCUCACGCGGCGCGGGUGAACGUGUAUGGUCUGCCCUACGUCCGCACCAUGAAGAAGCGUCCCGUCGUCGCCGGAGACAACCUCAUCGUGCACUGCCCCGUCGCCGGCUAUCCUAUCGACUCCAUCGUCUGGGAACGUGAUAACAGGGUACUGCCUAUCAACCGAAAACAGAAAGUAUUCCCCAACGGCACCCUCGUCAUUGAAAACGUGGAGAGAAUGAGCGACGAAGCGACCUACACUUGCGUAGCUAAGAACUCUCAGGGAUAUACCGCCAAAGGAACAUUAGAAGUACAAGUCAUGGUUCCGCCGUUGAUAAUGCCGUUCAAUUUCGGUGAAGUGCCAUUCAACCCAGGUGACACAGCUUUAGUCAAUUGUGUCGCUACCAAGGGAGAUCUUCCUCUCGACAUCUCUUGGACAUUCAGCAGUGAAACUAUAGACUCGACCCUUCAGCGAGAUAUUACGACGAUGUCUCUUAAUCCUCGUGCCUCCGUCCUCACCAUCAACUCCGUCAGCGCAAAUCAUCAAGGGAACUACACGUGCAUCGUGCAGAACGCGGCCGGCCGCGCAGAAUAUGCAGCGACACUCGUCGUCAACGUUCCUCCCCGUUGGAUUAUUGAGCCCACUGACAAGGCAUUUGCCCAAGGUUCUGAUGCUAAAGUUGAAUGUAAAGCCGAUGGUUUCCCUAAGCCUCAAGUGACAUGGAAGAGGGCUGAAGGCGAUACCCCCGGCGAUUACAAAGAUCUUAAGCCAAACAACCCUAAUGUAAAAGUUGAAGAUGGAACAUUGACCAUUGCGAACAUCCAAAAGACUAAUGAGGGAUAUUACUUAUGCGAAGCUGUGAAUGGAAUUGGAUCAGGAUUGUCUGCCGUUAUUCUUAUUAGUGUUCAGGCUCCUCCUCAAUUCGAAAUUAAAAUGAGGAAUCAAACUGCCCGCCGAUCUGAACCAGCUGUUCUGCAGUGCCAAGCUAAGGGAGAAAAGCCAAUCGGUAUUAUUUGGAACAUGAACAACAAACGUCUUGAGCCCAAAUCUGACCCCCGCUACACCAUUCGCGAAGAAAUUUUGCCCGGAGGUGUUGUAUCCGACCUUAGCAUUCGAAGAACUGAACGAUCUGACAGCGCUCUCUUCACGUGUGUCGCUACUAACGCUUUUGGAUCUGAUGAUACCAGCAUUAACAUGAUCAUUCAAGAGGUUCCUGAAGCUCCCUAUGGCUUGAAGGUUUUGGACAAAUCUGGAAGAACUGUACAACUGUCUUGGGCCGCUCCUUACGAUGGAAACUCACCAAUCAAGAAGUUCCUUAUUGAAUACAAACGCGCUAAGGGCAACUGGGAAAAGGAUAUUGAUAGGGUUCUUGUACCUGGAGAUGCGACUGAAGCCGGAGUGUUCAGCUUACGACCAGCCACCGCGUACCAUAUUAGGAUCGUUGCUGAAAACGAACUAGGAACUUCCGAGCCAUCUGAGACUGUCACCAUUAUCACCGCCGAAGAAGCCCCUACUGGUCCCCCUCAGGAUUGCAAAGUUGAUGCUGUUGACAAGCACACCCUCCGUGUUACAUGGAAGCCUCCCCCACCCCAGGACUGGAAUGGUGAACUCCAGGGAUACUAUGUUGGCUACAAACUCGCUUCAAGCAACAAGUCCUUCGUCUUUGAGACUGUGGAUAUCUCUAAGGAAUCUGGCAAAGAACAUCAUUUGGACAUUCUGAACUUAAAGACUUACACCCAAUACGCGAUUGUGGUUCAGGCUUUCAACAAGAUGGGAUCAGGACCGGUAUCUGGCGAAGUGCGAGCAUACACCGCGGAAGGCGCCCCCUCUGCCCCACCCCAAGACGUUCUUUGCACCACUUUGACUGCGCAAACCAUUCGCGUGUCCUGGGUAUCUCCCCCUCUUGCCGCUGCCAAUGGACUUAUCAAGGCUUACAAAGUGAUUUACGGACCCAGCGAAACCUGGUAUGACGAGAAGUCCAAAGACACCAAGAUUACGGCCAGCAGCGAAACCAUUCUUCACGGACUUAAGAAAUUCACGAACUAUUCCAUGGAAGUGCUUGCGACUACCAAUGGAGGCGAUGGCGUUCGAUCUGCACCUAUUCACUGCCAAACUGAACAAGACGUACCGGAAGCACCACGCGCUGUAAAGGCCCUAGUUAUGGGACAAGAUUCCAUCCUAGUUUCAUGGAGGCCUCCCGCGCAACCCAACGGUGUUGUCACUCACUACAACGUCUACACUCAAGCACAAAACGCCGAACCUCACCCCAACAAGGUACCCGCUACACAAACCAGCUACUCUGCAACUGAACUGAAAGCCGGCCGUUACGACUUCUGGGUGACCGCGUCUACCAUUAUUGGUGAAGGACAACCCUCAGCCACCGCAUCGUGCAGCCCAAGCGACAAAGUACCCGCCAAGAUCGCUUCAUUCGAUGAAUCGUUCACCGCUACCUACAAGGAAGAUGUCAAACUGCCAUGCCUUGCCGUUGGUGUUCCUCCUCCUAACAUUUUGUGGAAGGUGAAAGGCCACCCCCUGGAAGCUUCGGAGCGCGUACGACAGCUGCCUGAAGGAUCCCUGCAAAUUGCCGGAGUGGCUCGCGAAGACGCCGGGGAAUACUCCUGCCAUGUCGACAACCAGUUCGGAACUGACACUGUUACGCACACGCUCUCUGUUCUCGCUCCCCCCUUCCCGCCUCAGCUGAGCAUCGCAUCGUCGUCCGUGUCAUCUCUCACUCUUCGUCUGAAGCCUUCCGUCGAUGUCGACCAGUCGCCCGCCGCCGGUUACACCAUCCACUACAAACAAGAGUUCGGAGAUUGGGAAACUGUACAGAUUCCAAGCACCACUGACACGUAUACUUUGGAAAACUUGUUCUGCGGAUCUAGAUAUCAACUCUACGUUACGGCUUACAAUGGCAUCGGCACCGGCGAGGCAUCAGACGUGGUGAUCGCCCGCACCCGCGGCUCCAAGCCCCCCGUGCCCCGCGCCGCCGACUUCAUCGAAGUAGGCAGCUCCUCCGUCACUCUGCACCUCAAGCAAUGGCUCGAUGGCGGCUGCCCAAUGUCGCAUUUCGUCGUUGAAAACAAGAAGAAGGGCGCUGCUGAAUGGAACCAAAUUUCGAACGCUGUGAAACCCGGUGGAAACUUCGUCGUACUCGAUUUGGAACCCGCUACAUGGUAUGUUCUGAGGAUCACGGCCCACAACAAUGCUGGAUUUAACGUCGCUGAAUACGAAUUUGCAACUCUUACCAUGACUGGCGGAACUAUUGCUCCGUUACCUGGCAACAUUGGCACUGAUAAGGAACUGCCCCCCUGGGUCAAGGCUUGGCUAGAACCUGAAGUUUUGGUACCGAUUUUGGCAACGAUCGUCGUGUUCAUCGUAGGCGUGGUGGUGAUUUGUCUGACCUUAGCUCGCAGGAAUACCCCACAUCGCCUGCGAGGUCAGAAGGACAUGUAUUACGACGCAGUGUACAACGCAUCUCAGGCGGCGUUAGGCGGCGGCGGCGGCACUCUGGACAAGCGCGGCGGACUUCGCGACGAGCUCGGCUACAUCGCACCGCCCAACCGCAAGCUGCCUCCUGUGCCCGGCUCCAACUACAAUACCUGCGACCGUGUUAAGCGACAGGCUGUCAUCAUGGGCGCGCACUCGACGUGGGACCCGCGCCGCCACCACUACGAGCGGGUGCGACGCCCCAGACUGCGCCGCGCCGGCUCCGGGGAUACCGCCUCCACAGGCAUGGAAGACGAAAUCUGCCCCUACGCGACGUUCCACCUGCUAGGCUUCCGCGAGGAGAUGGACCCGAGCAAGGCGCUGGCGUUCCCCCACCACCAUCCCGCUCACGCUGGCACUCUCGCGCAUCCUCAUCCCCACCACCCCGCUCACUCCCGCGCCGGAUCUCAGAGCAUGCCCCGUGCCAACAGCCGUUAUGCCCGCAAGAACUCUCAGGGAGGACAGAGCGCCAUCUACUCGACCGCCCCCGAAUACGACGACCCGGCCACCUGCGCUGAAGAAGACCAAUACCGUGCCCGCUAUUCCCGCCCCAUGUAUGCCUGCGGCCCCGAGUACGACGAGCCCGCGUGCUGCGCCCCCGAAGACGAGCAAUACACCGGCGCCUACGGCACUCCCUACUCCGACCACUACGGCUCCCGACCCAGCAUUGGAACUCGCAAAUGUGGCGGAUCCCCCGAGCCUCCCCCACCCCCUCCCCGCAACGCGAACAACGACAACAACUGCUCCUCCUCAUUCAAUGAAAGCAAGGACUCCAACGAAAUCUCCGAAGCCGAAUGCGACCAGCCCCGCAACUAUCCCGUAAGGGCCCACACUGCCAAGGACGGUUUGCACAGCGAGGAAAUGAGGAAACUCAUUGACAGGAAACAGUAAGUCAAAACCAGAAGCAGCCACCCCAAUCCCCCAGCAAGCAGUCCACGGGCGGGGACUCACAGCCUACGAUACUGUGGCAGUGUAACCUGUAAACUGGACAAGUGUCCCAGCUCAGCGACACACGCACAUUUAUAAAUUCAUUUAGUGGACCAUUACCAUCUUGCUGAUGUACCGCUCGCAGGCUUCCGCAAAUACAUUUUAAUUAGUAUACUUUUCAAUUGCACCUUGGCUCUAUGAUUUGGUCUAGCAUUCAGCAAGAUGGUGAUACUUGUGCCAAAUCUUCUCUCUUUUACAGUUUCAUUUGUGUGUCGCAUUUUUGAGUUGCUAUUUACUUACUUUUAAAUUAUUUACCCCAACUUAGUUGGCUGGACAUUUUCAAUUUAGUUUUUAAAUUUUUUUUGAUUAUCAACGUGUAGUAAACUUGCAAAGUUGGGUUAUGUACAAAUUAGAAUCUACCUUUCCAGAAUAGAGUAACCUAUGAUGCGUCACUGUAGUAUUUACCAUAUAAAAGCAGAAAAUUAUGGUUGUGGUAGUUAUCUCAAAUUGAUAUAUUUGCUUAAAUAGAUAGGUGACGCGUUAAUAUCCUGUCCAAAACAUUAGUACCUAUGAAAUGUACGUUCAUCUAACGUGCCCAACUUUGAUAUAUUUACUACAGAAUUUUCUAUAAUUUUAAUUAUAGUUAACCUUAUUUGUUUAGCUUAAUUUAAAGACAGCUUCAGUGAUAAUGCAUCUGGUUUUGGGGUGUUUCGGAUUAAAUUUAAAUUAAGCUCAACAUGUAAUAAUGUAUGUGAUAUUUUGUAUUUUUAUCCCAUUUUUAAUUUUUACAUGGAAUAAUGUCGACGUAAACUUUAUUUAUACUCUUAGGAUGGCAAUAUUAGGUAACCACAACCACACGGUUGUUUCGAUGCUUCCUUUAACGUUAUUGGUUUUAAUUAUUCUCUUUGUCAUUUUCGUUAUUGCCACACGUCCUAUUUGUGUCAAACAUGUUGGUUUUGAUUUUCGCAUUUAUGCAUAUACUACCUAGGAUAAGUUUAGAUAUAAAUUUCUUUAUUAGUAAUUAAUCAACUUUUAAACAAAGUACUAUAUAAUCCGUAGCUAGUUAGUAACACACGUUACGCAUUAUAAUUAUGUAAAAUUAAUCGAUUAGACUAUUCUUCGAAACGCAAUUAAAUAAGACACAGGAAGCGUACCAUAAUAAUAAUAUUUAACAGUUACCUAUAUAAACAGCAAGGAAUUACUCAGUAUACAUCACCAUCGAAAAUAUAACAGACACUGCUGACAUGGAAUUUAAAAUAAUCUUUUAAAAUAUUAAUCUAGUACAGUAAGGUGCAUUUUUAAUAAUCAUAAUCGUAAUUUUUAUCCUUCUAUAUUUACGCAGAUGACUAGGUGUAAGACACUCGAGUGUCAUUUUCUAGGUGUUUCCCAUUAUAUGUUGUGUAUUGUGGUGUAAGCUUCGCAUAGUAGGCUUGUAGUUAGGUUUUCGCGACUUCCUAGCAACAGAAUCUUCUCUUAACCUUCCAAUUAGAAUUCGAUUUAAAGAAAAGAAUAUAGUUAAAUUGAAAUGUGAACAAAUAAAUGAAAUUUAUUCAAAAUUAUAUGAUAAAUAAUCAAUUAAAAUUUGUACCAUAAUCUUAAUUGUAUUGGCAGCAGAGGGGUUAAUUGUUUAUGAUAUUUUCGCUUUUGUCGUUGUGCGUUUGGUUUGCGGCUACUUGAGAGUAAGUUUAAUAAUUUUUAUUACGGCGAUACGACAUCGAUAACCACAGCUAACUAACUGUACCAAAGUGUUUGAUUUGUGUUAAAUAAACUACUCAAAUGUCAACUACAUAA